GUCAGUCCCAGCAUGAAUAGACACACAGUAGGAGUGUAGUUUACUGGAAGGAGGAGGACAGGGGUGUAGUUCAAGAUGUCCUGCACUGGCGCAACGAUCAUUCUUAUCAUGAAAGUGUGGUUUUGAUAUAUAUUUUUCUCACCUCACACACAUUUCGCGGGAAAAUGUUCUGUGGCGCUGAGGGAAACAUCUUGGGACCGCCUGCCUCUGACGUUCCUCAGUGGCACUCUUGUGUGGUAUAGCAGGGUUACUUUCGGAUUAGUAAAAAAAAAUGCGAUUCUUUCUUCAGAGCAAUGACCGAGUUGCUACGGAGAAACCUAUGUCCUCUCACCAUCAGACAGCGCGCGCGCAGCCUAUUACAAUGGGGGCAGAUAAGGUAAACAUAUUUUAAUUUUAUUUUUCCUAUCUUUAUAAUAAUGCAACACGUGCUUUAUUUUGUUACACGUGCUUUAUUUAGUCAACUGUAUAUUCUAAACAUAGUCCAUUGCCCCAAAGACUCAUUCUAUGUAUUUUUUUUAUAGGCUAAGCCUUGGUAGCUCUAAUUGGUUUUAAAAACGAAUUGUUUGAAAUGACCAUUUUUGCAAAUAAUUCCUAAAUGCUGUGCUAUUGCAAUUGUACAAUAAGCUUUCCAGUGUUUGUUGUCUGAGGGAAGUAGCCUAAAUUGUGUAUAUUAUAGAAUACAUGUAUGUAUCCAAUUUUAGCUUCUUCUAAUGCAACUAUCUUAUUAAACAUCAUGUAGGCUAUACUGAGAAAAAAACUAAAUGCUGUGCUGUGGACAGUAUUUAGCCAGAGUAUAUAUAUUGUGGACAGAUUUCAGCUUGGAGACCAAUGCGACAACAGGUGCAAGGUUUGGAAAGAGUUGUCUAUAUUGUUAAGUGGGUAAUAUACAUUUUCUCCAGCUUUUAAAAUAUUACACUGUCCAAGCAGUCAUUGUCCAAUACCUCUGCAAGUGAGUAUGGUGGAAUAAUUAUUCUAUGGGCGUUUAGGACAAGAAGUAGGAAGUCAAACUAAGUCAAUGUGCCAAUGCAUUCUUUUUGUGGUCUCCCAGUCAAUUUGAGUUUUUCUUAGUGGGCCAAGUAAUGCACUCAGGGAGCCAGUCUCUGGUGUAUUGGUCUAUGAAAGAUUGGUCUAUGACUGAAUAGGUUGACUGGCAUUGAGCUAUGAACUGGUUCGGAUUUAGUCACUCACACACACACACACACACUUGCCUCAAGCAAGUGGCUCUUUGGAAAGCCGAUUAGAUACUGCUGAAAUUAAACCCACAUGAAUUGGAUCUCUAUACUCAUUGCUGACUCACAGCACAGGAGUGCCUUCAGUUAGACAUUACCUCCAAGGUCUGAUUGCUGCUAAUUGUGCUGUAAUGUUUGUGGUCUGCAGUCAAUAUUGUGCCGAAAAGCUCCCCGCUGCCAGAAUAUCCACCCCUCCCCUUCGCAUGAGUCCCCCCUUCAAGCAAGUUGCAGCAAUGAAGAACUGAGUGUGUGCGCGUUCACGCGAAGGGGGGGAGAAUUCUGGAAGUGGGGAGCUUUUCGGCACAACACCAGCACUGGUGGAGAAAGUUAGGAUAUGCAUCUUGGUGGUUCUUGAAAGUCAGGACACUUCUUGUCCGGCAGGGAAACCUUAUUAUAGAUUUUGUUGCAUUAUUUGAGCUUAAAAUGUACAUUUACCAACCUGUUAUAAGGAAAAAUAUUUGUUCUGGGAAUUUUCGAAAUACUUAUUAAAUUCCAUGUCGGCUCUAUGACUGGAAAUGACAUUGUCCGGAGCAAAGGAUCCCAAUUUUCAAACUCUCCAAAUGGAUAUUACCUGAAAAAGGAUAUUAUGUAGUUUCUUGCAAUAGCCCUAUCUGAAUUCAAAGAAUAUUUAUUUCAAAACUGUGAUUCCAAAAUGUGGUCAACUCCGUUAGAUUGUCUAGUAUCCUCAAUGAAUAAUACAUGAGCAGGGUCAGCUAUACCAUAAGCACUGACCCCUUAAUGUCCUCAUUACGUUUAAACUCAGCAAAAAAUAAACACCCCUUUUUCAGGACCCUGUCUUUCAAAGAUAAUUCGUAAAAAUCCAAAUAACUUCAAAGAUCUUCAUUGUAAAGUGUUUAAACACUGUUUCCCAUGCUUGUUCAAUGAACCAUAAACAAUUAAUGAACAUGCACCUGUGGAACAGUCAUUAAGACACUAACAGCUUACAGACGGUAGGCAAUUAAGGUCACAGUUAUGAAACUUAGGACACUAAAGAGGCCUUUCUACUGACUCUGGAAAAACACCAAAAGAAAGCUGCCCAGGGUCCCUACUCAUCUGUGUGAACGUGCCUUAGGCAUGCUGCAAGGAGGCACGAGGACUGCAGAUGUGGCCAGGGCAAUAAAUUGCAAUGUCCGUACUGUGAGACGCCUAAGACAGCGCUACAGGGAGACAGAACGGACAGCUGAUCGUCCUCGCAGUGGCAGACCAUGUGUAACACCACCUGCACAGGAUCGGUACAUCCGAACAUCACACCUGCGGGACAGGUACAGAAUGGCAACAACAACUGCCAGAGUAACACCAGGAACACACAAUCCAUCAGUGCUCAGACUGUCCGCAAUAGGCUGAGAGAGGCUGGACUGAGGGCUUGUAGGCCUGUUGUAAGGCAGGUCCUCACCAGAUAUCACCGGCAACAACGUCGCCUAUGGGCACAAACCCACCGUCGCUGGACCAGACAGGACUGGCAAAAAGUGCUCUUCACUGAUGAGUCGCGGUUUUGUUUCACCAGGGGUGAUGGUCGGAUUCGCGUUUAUUGUCGAAGGAAUGAGCAUUACACCGAGGCCUGUACUCUGGAGCGGGAUUGAUUUGGAGGUGGAGGGUCCGUCAUGGUCUGGGGCAGUGUGUCACAGCAUCAUCGGACUGAGCUUGUUGUCAUUACAGGCAAUCUCAACACUGUGCGUUACAGGGAAGACAUCCUUCUCCCUCAUGUGGUACCCUUCCUGCAGGCUCAUCCUGACAUGACCCUCCAGCAUGACAAUGCCACCAGCCAUACUGUUCAUUCUGUGCGUGAUUUCCUGCAAGACAGGAAUGUCAGUGUUCUGCCAUGGCCAGCGAAGAGCCUAGAUCUCAAUCCCAUUGAGCACGUCUGGGACCUGUUGGAUUGGAGGGUGACGGCUAGGGCCAUUCCCCCCAGAAAUGUCUGGGAACUUGCAGGUGCCUUGGUGGAAGAGUGGGGUAACAUCUCACAGCAAGAACUGGCCAAUUUGGUGCAGUCCAUGAGGAGGAGAUGCACUGCAGUACUUAAUGCAGCUGGUGGCCACACCAGAUACUGUCUGUUACUUUUGAUCCCCCCCUUUUGUUCAGGGACACAUUAUUCAAUUUCUGUUAGUCACAUGUCUGUGGAACUUGUUCAGUUUAUGUCUGUUGAAUCUUGUUAUGUUCAUACACAUAUUUACACAUGUUGAGUUUGCUGAAAAUAAACGCAGACAGUGAGAGGACGUUUAUUUUUUUGCUGAGUUCAGUGCAACAAGACAACCCAUCGUCUGGAAAGUUCUCUACUUUUAAUAGAUUUAAACAAAUAUUGGAAUCCCCACUGCCACAUUUAAUUAGGUUUUAGAGUUAUAAAGCAACUGAGGAAAAACAAUCGCUACUUUGUAUACCAUUUGAAUAAGGACAUUUUUUAUUUGUCAACACUAAGACAUCAACUGUCAGAUUUUUGUCUAACAUCAACUCAUUCAGAGUGCUGAAAGUUAUAAUAAUGGUUAUUAGGGAUUUUCAAAUGAAUAAUUUUCCAUUUUUUACAAUGUUUGUAUACAACUUUUAUUUUUAGAGAAAAAAAUAUGUCUGAGUAUCUUUUCAACUCUGUCAGUGGCUUGUCAACUCCUUCACUGAUGGCUAACCCCCUUAAGAUAGAUUUCUUUUUUUGUGGGGAGGGGGACAAUAUUCUGAUUGUUUUUGUUUUAAGUACUGUUCGAUGCUUAAACUAUUGAACUAUUUAAUGUGCUAGACCUAAGGUAUAAUGCUUGCUUUAAAUGUUUUGUUUUCUAAAUCUAGAAAAACAUGCCCUGUAGCAUUUAAUAGUGCUAUAAAACAAAAAUACAUUUUGGAGAUUUGUAUUCCAAAUUUAAAUAAUCUGUUAGAAUUAAACAAACAAGGCCUUUAAACACUUGUUGGGCAAUAAUUGUAAAAAUGAAAUGCCUUUUCUGGUGUCUGACGGAGUUGAGAGAAAUCCAGUUAGUUGCAUUUUAUGAAAAAAGUAAAGAAUGAGGUUGUGGGGUUACAUGGUGUGAUAGCUGAUACUUUGAUCUGUCAAAAAUAUAUAUUUAAAUAUAUAUUUAAGGAAAAUAUUUGUGGGAAAAAAUGUCAGAUUGUCCAGUCUUUCAAGAGUCUGACCUACACAAUCCUCUUUAUGACCAUAACAUAAUGCCAGCCACAUCCUGCAGAAAGGACAGGGGGGUUCUGUUAUUGAUCUAACAUAUUCAUACUAGAAAUCCUAAUCCAAUAUCAAUCAGUAGCUAAUGUUCUGCAUUGGACCAUUAAGCAUUUUACAUCAAAAACAAACGUGUGUUUGUAAUUGGAUAAUUGCAGUUAGUACCACCCUUUUUCACUCUGCUUCAAAACAUUUGAUGCCUACUGAACACACCCCUUCCUACACUCAUCAGUAUCAGUUGUGAUGGUUUAUGGUUUUGUGUUGACUUAUAUCUCCAUCUGCAGAUGGGCCUAUUCAGACAUGUUAUGAGAACAAAGGUAAGAGCAGAAUAACUCUGAUGGAUAUUUUCAUUAUGGAAUAUUAUCACACAGGAAGGACCUGUGAGGGUAAUGAUGCAUUUUAAUAUUUCAUCACUACAUUCUUGAUUAUCAUAAUAUUGAUUUGAGAUGAGAGCUCCUUGUUCUUCAGCAGCACAUGUUACUACUCCAGGCAUGAGUACAGUACACCUUGAGAACAUGAUCAAAUGUUGUUUUUUAUAGUUAGUUUCUUGUAUUUUGUGUUGCUUUAAAGUGCUUUGAGAUUAUGUAAUGAGUAGUGCUAUAAAAGUUUAAUCAAUUAUCUUCCGUGUCCUGUUUCCAUGGUCACCGUGCUGUCUUCCCUCUGUAUUGACUGUCUUGUAUUUCUAAUAUACAGCCUCAGUAGUUCCAGUUUAGGUUGCCAAGGUUACAUGCAUAGGGCUGUUGGCAGGCUUACUAGUCACCUGGUAGCAAGGCCUGGCCAAUCGAUAACUAUGUAGGCCAGGCCAGCUAGUAGAGCACAGACCUCACCUGGCUGUGUCUGCCUGUAUGAUGAACCAGAGGUAAUUUCAUAUAGAACAGCAAAAGCUCUUGGGAAAUCACAUGAGCUAGUGUGUUGGAUUCAUCAUGCCUGAACAGAGCAAUGCCCUGUAUUUUAAUCAUGGCCACACAAUGAAUUAUUUUACAAUGUUACUCGUGUAAUUACAACGUUACUACACAGGUAUAAUUGAAUUUGAUUUCGAUAGGCUUAUCAUUAAGGUUAAUUACUUUUUUACAAAAGAGCAUAUGGCUGUGAAGUCAUGACUGGGAUGAUGUUAUCUUGAUCUCUUCUAUGUCCUGCAGGCCUGUUGUGUAGGGCUAGGCUAUGUCUGAAUUCUCCACCCUUCUCUUGAAGUGUGCACUUGCAUAGGAUUGGUGUAAGAAUUGGCAGGAGGCAGUUUCCUCCAUUGCUAAAUUAAUGCAAUAAAGUGUGUAAGUGCACACUUCAGGAGAUGGUUGGCCAAUCAGGACAUAGCCCUAGUCAGAGAAAGUGGAGAAAACUGUUCACUGAUCUCCUCAAUCCUCCUGAUGUCCCUCACAGGAGCACAGGAAAAUCACUCUAAUUGGUCUGGAGUUGUGGGGGAACACAAAACACACACACAGCAGAAAUGGAGAAGCUAUGGUGAUCAAAUCAAACUUUAUUUGUCACAUGCGUCGAAUACAACAAGUGUAGACCUUACAGUGAAAUGCUUACUUACAAGCCCUUAACCAACAGUGCAGUUCAAGUAGAGUUAAGAAAAUAUUUACCAAAUAAACUAAAGUAAAAAGUAACACAAUAGCGAGGCUAUAUACAGGGGGUACUGGUACCGAGGCAGUGUGCGGGGGUACAGGUUAGAGGUAAUUUGUACAUGUAGGUAGGGGUGAAGUGACAAUGCAUAGAUAAUAAACAGCGAGAAGCAGCAGUGUACAAAACAAAGGGGGGGGGGGGGGGUCAUUGUAAUUGUUUGUGGGCCAUUUUAUUAAUUGUUCAGCAGUCUUAUGGCUUGGGGGUAGAAGCUGUUCAGGAGCCUUUUGGUCCUAGACUUGGCGCUCCGGUACUGCUUGCCAUGCGGUAGCAGAGAAAACAGUCUAUGACUUGGGUGACUGCAGUCUCUGAGAAUUUUAUGGGCUUUCCUCUGACAUUGCCUAUUACAUAGGUCCUGGAUGUCAGGAAGCUUGGCCGAGUGAUGUACUGAGCCGUACACACUACCCUCUGUAGCGCCUUAGUCAGAUACAGAGCCGUUGCCAUAGCAGGCAGCGAUGCAAUGGGUCAGGAUGCUCUCGAUGGUGCAGCUGUAGAACUUUUUGAAGAUCUGGGGACCAAUGACAAAUCUUUUCAGUCUCCUGAGGGGAAAAAGGUUUUGUCGUGCCCUCUUCACGACUGUCUUGGUGUGUUUGGACCAUGAUAGAUAGUUGGUGAUGUGGACACCAAGGAACUUGAAACUCUCAACCCGCUCCACUACAGCCCCGUUGAUGUUCAUGGGGGCCUGUUCGGCCUGCCUUUACCUGUAGUCUGCGAUCAGCUUCUUAGUCUUGCUCACAUUGAGGGAGAGGUUGUUGUCCUGGCACAAUACUGCCAGUUCUCUGACCUCCUCCCUAUAGGCUGUCUCAUCGUUGUCGGUGAUCAGGCCUACCACUGUUGUGUCGUCAGCAAACUUAAUGAUGGUGUUGGGGUCGUGUUUGGCCACGCAGUCGUGGGUGAACAGGGAGUACAGGAGGGGACUAAGUACACACCCGAGGGGCCCUAUUGUUGAGGAUCAGCAUGGCAGACGUGUUGUUGCCUACCGUUACCACCUAGGGGCGGCCCGUCAGGAAGUCCAGGAUUCAGUUGCAGAGGGAGGUAUUUAGUCCCAGGGUCCUUAGCUUAGUGAUGAGCUUUGUGGGCACUAUGGUGUUGAACACUGAGCUGUAGUCAAUGAACAGCAUUCUCACAUAGGUGUUCCUUUUGUCCAGGUGGGAAAGGGCAGUGUGGAGUGCAGUAGAGAUUGGGUCAUCUGUGGAUCUGUUUGGGCGGUAUGCCAUUUGAUGCACAUGAAGUAGUAACUUCACCCUGAUUCCAAACACCUCACAGAUUACAAUAGAUUUCCUGUCUGAAUACUGCAGUGAGAGUAGUAUGUGUGUACUGCCAAUGUUUUUUUGCACACUUUUAUAAUAAGCAAAGAUGACACUUAUGAGUAAAACUUGCCAAUAGUUGCAACUGCAACAUACUGGUAUGUUAUUUCAAGAUGUGAGUGGCCAUUGCUAAUUCCAGUUGAGUUAAGAUUGUCACAGUCUGCUGGUGAAGCCUUGUUCUUAGAAUGAUAUAUUUAGACAUGGACUAUCAGAUUACUCUCAUUGUAUGUAUUUUCAUUUCAGGACAUUGACUUGUUGGGUUUUUUUCUCUUCCAGAGCUGAGUUGGAGAUAUGGCCUUUGUGUUGAGUCAACCUAACCAUGGGUCUCACAGCCUGGUAGUGUGUGGGUGCUACUACUAACAGAAAGGAACAUGGCAUUUGGGCCAUGUCUGGCAUGACGAUGAACAUGUUUAAGGUUGAGUCGGACUACAUUAACUGCACCAUCAGCCAUGAAAUCCACCAGUACCUGUUCUCUGGAGCCUACAUCCUGGUCCUUCUGAUCGGCGUGCCCACCAACGCCUUCUCCCUCUACCACGCCUGGCUGCAGCUGAGAGCCAAGAACGAGCUGGGGGUCUACCUGCUCAACCUGACCAUGUCGGACCUCCUCUACCUGGCCUCGUUGCCUCUCUGGCUGCAGUACAUCUUCCAGGGAGAUGACUGGAGCCAAACGGAGUGGCUGUGCCAACUGUGUGGCUUCCUGCUCUAUGAAAACAUCUAUAUUAGUAUAGGGUUCUUAUGUUGUAUCUCUAUAGACCGUUACCUGGCUGUGGUGUACCCGUUCCACUUCACAGCAUUCCGGAGCAUGCGAGCAGCUACAUUGGCCAGCGCGUUCAUCUGGCUGAAAGAGAUUGCCGUGGGCGUGGUCUUUUUCAGACACAAGGAACUAAGCACUGACCGCACCAACCAAUCGAUUUGCUUUGAGCACUACCCCAUGCAACCGUGGGAGUACCCAAUUAACUACUACCGUUUCUCCGUUGGCUUCCUGUUCCCCCUGGGCAUCCUGUCCGUGUCGUAUUUCAGAGUCCUGCGGGCAGUCAGGAAGAGCACUGGCACUCAGAGCGCCCAGAAGACCCGUAUCAAGCACCUGGUGACCAGCACCAUUGUCAUCUUCCUGGUAUGUUUCUCUCCGUACCACGUGUUCCUGCUGCUGCGUACAGUCUUUGAGAGGGACUGCCCCUUCAUCAUCAGUAUCUUCAACUACUAUCACUUCUCCCUGCUGCUCACCAGCUUCAACUGUGUGGCCGACCCGGCGCUGUACUGCUUCGUCAGUGAGAGCGCCCAGCAGGGGAUCCAGCAGGCCCAGGAGGCCUGUACCCAGGCCCUCUGCUGCAGCUGCCACAGGGGACAGCACAGCCCUGUUACCGCCACCACCACGGGGACAGACUCCAACGAGAAUGGGACAACAACCAUCACACCGCUGACACAGAACCAGACGAUCUAGCAGUAAUAUAAAUAAUACAUGGGUUUUAUAAAGUUCUUUGGAAGGACCUAAAGAUGCUUGAAUAGUAGUCUAGGAGCUGGAACCAGAUUUGGGUAAGAGGGAUGGUGGGAAAAAUACUGACAGUGACAUGGAACAUUCUGCAAUGAGAUUGUGAUGAUUGUCAUUCUGCGAUGAGAUAAGUGCUACAACAGUGUUUUAAGGUAUUGUUUUUUGUUUUUAAUUUUACCACGCUUUCUUUUGAGAUAGUUUUGAGUUCAAAACUAACUCUAUAUAGGCUAGCAAAUUUCUUCCUGUAACAUUUUGUUUCUAUCUCUCAUCACAUUAUUUAAUAUUAAUUCUCAGGUUUUUAAAUCCCAGACAGUGAUUUCAGGAGUGACUGACUUCAUACCUAUCAGAACAGAUCAGACAUAUCAACACGUGACCUAAUUUAUCUCUAUCGUAGGUCCUCUAGGAUUUUUGGGUUAGAUUCUUGCUGCUCAAUAUCUGUGAAUCGCUCCCAUUUCAGGGGUAUGUAAAGGAUUCCUCAACUUAGCUCAGAUUCAUAAAUGACAGUGUGUAGAGCAUAAACAAAAAUACAUACAAACAGUGAGCUCCAAAAGUAUUGGGGCAGUGACAAUUUCUGUUGUUUUGGUUCUGUAAUUCAGCACUUCGGAUUUUAAGUCAUACCCCACCAAAAAUGCUAACCUCCCCAGUUAUUGUAAUGGUGAGAGGUUAGCAUGUCGUGGGGGUAUAUUUAUGCCUCUAACUUUCUCUCUAAUCAUUAUUCAUGAUUCAUUCAGGUUUAUCUGUAAUCAUGGUUGCAUCCACAUUAAUGUUAAGUGUUAAGAAACCUAUACUAUUCUUAUUUACAAUAAAAGUGACUCCAAAAGGACACAUUAUUUACCAUUAAUUUCUAUUGGGGACAAAAUAAUCUGAAACACAUUCAAAACAAACAGCAAAUGCAUCCAACAAGUUUAUACAGUUACAAUCUUAACGUAGUAAAGAUGUGCUAGGAAUAUUGGACCAAAUACAUCACUUUUUAAUACUUUAUUACAGAUAUUAGUGGAUUUGUCCUCUGAAAUACAGCUACUAUGUACAAAAAGUGCUGUAAUUUCUAAACAGUUCACCUGAAAAGGAUGGAUGAAAAUGCCCUCAAAUUAAAGCUGACAGUCUGCUCUUUAACCUUCAUAGUCAUUGUAUCCUUUCAAAUCCAAAGUCCUGGAGUACAGAGCCAAAACAACAACAAAUGUGUCACUGUCCCAAUACUUUUGGAGCUCACAUAAAUGCAUACAUACACAGGUUUAGAGCCUUAACAGAAAGUAAUUAAUGUUGAAUGUUAUGUUGUUUUUGUGCAUCUCUGAGUGAUGUUCUAUUGAUUCCCGGGUCAUUUCAUGUUUUAAUGUGUAUCUGAACUAUUGCCGUUCAAGCAGGCAGAAAUACAGCCGAUAUGACAAGUUAUGCAUAAUUUAAAAGUUCAAUAUCUUGAAAACUUGAUUUCUGGCAUGCAUAACAUUUGGUGACUCUAUCAACAGAGGACCAAUUAAACAAAUACCAAAAGAUAGAUUUUAAGUGGAUUAUUCCAGCGGCGUCAGGCUCAGUAGUACCCCACAUGAGGACCAGCACAGCUGACCUCUCACCUUUCACACUCUGCACAGAUUUUCUGCUGCAUGUUUCCCCUCCUUACAUUGGUAUUUUUACUUUUUUAAGUACCAGAUCUUCCCAAAGCAGAAGGACAUAGGAAAAGAGGCUUUUCAAUGGUGAAUGAGGCAGUUGUAAAUCACCUAAGGAUAGACUGGUUGUUCUAAGGAUGAUGAUGAUGAAUUGGAACAUGUAAGGCAAACAUACAGAGAUAAUAAAUCAUGGGUGAAUAACUUCAUACAGUAGGAGACUGUGUAACAAUAGUGUUGACUCAUACGUCGCUAUCAGCCCAGGGUCUCUAAUGUUAUCAAAUGUAAUAUUUGUUCAAAUAUUGUAUGUGUAUAUGUAUGCAUGUCACUUUAACCACACAAUAAGAACACAUAUAUCUGUAGAGUAAUGUUCAAAGUCUAUUUUUGUAGAUAUGUCUUAACCAAAUCAUGGGUUUAAUGUUCUCUUCUCUUGUUGAAUUCUUGUUAUUUGAAAGAUUUGCUUUGAGACCAUGUGGUCUUGCUUGACGUUAGCAGUGACACACUGUAUUCAGUGAUGCAGGAAAUGCAUUCUUGUUGCGUAGGAUAGUUGCUGUUACAUGACUUUUAUUCUACUUCUGCUGAAGUUAUGAACCCUUGCUGUUUUUCUUUUGGACAUUUUCUCAGCACAUCUCUCAUAUUUACAACAUCAAUAUUAAAAUGCUGCCAUAAUGUGUCAGGAUUCUUCUGUAGAGUUAAGGUGUCUUCCUCUGGGAUUGUGCUCUCUGGAAGAGUGGGCUUUCCUGUAUUUGUUUCUCCAAGAUUUGAUGCAUUCAUUUGCAUCUUAUUCAGAUUGCUCAUCUGAUAUGUCUUAGGCAUGAAACAAAUUGUCUUGUAUGUUCUCAUUUUUCACACUUUUGCCACCUUGUAGGAGUUUGAGGCAGAUGCAACUAAAG